GUUUCACCAAGCCUCAUCCACCACACAUCGCCGCCAAAUCAUCGUCUCCCAAAGCCUUCUCUCGACCUUUUCGAGGUCCGACUCAAAGCUUCGUCAACAGCGUCUGGCUUUCGCUUCUCGUCGGGUCUCGACGCCUGUCACGCUGUCUCCAGCAGCCAUGUGGAUAUCCAAGCAUUGGGCUCUGUGUUCCGAUUGACCUCUUGCUGCUCCAUCUGUGGCUCUGGGCUGCGGGAUCUGCACCUGCCAAAACUCCCCCUGAAAAUUGCAUGAAAAGGUCGACAAACUCUGCCAUAGCGAUUAUGUAGCGAGAAGCGCCGAAGGGGGAGGGGGUGAUGUAUUUCAAUUGUGGCCCUCUUUCUCGAUCGUCUGUCUUUUCUGUUGACCUGUGCUGAUCAUCGUCUUCGUUUCUUCCCUGGCCCGGUGCGCCCUUCUUUGGAUUUUUGGAUAGGUGUUGAACGCUUCUCAUUUCGCUUCUAACACGCCGAGACAGGCUCGUGUGGUGCUAAAACUCCCCAGGUAUCCUGGUUGUACGAGACUCGGUUUCGAAACCGUCGUGGGAAGUCGUCUCGAGUUCUCUACCCUGCCUCAGCAUCGGUCGCCGAAUUGCAGUGUGCAGUGGACCGUUACUGGAAACAAAAUCGUAUCAGGUUGUUCUGGACCGCAGCUCUUGGACCUUACAUUAUCACCUGCCCGCCAUGAACAGGUCGACGCCACCGCCCUAUCCUUCUUACUUGCACGACAAGCCGCUGGGACGGUCCAACACUACGACGCACAAUAAUGCUCCAAUGUAUUACAUCGAGAAGCCGUUGGCCAGGUCAAACACGUCGUCGACAACCUCCUCGAUGGCGGAACGCACAAGAUCAACUCCUCUGUCGAGGAUGCUGCUGUCUGGAGAAGUGAGCGGCGAGGCGCCCCGGGACCUGAACAUGAGAGAAAAGUUCGAGAGGUGGAUGGUCAACGAGGGCUCGAGGCGGAUAGUGGUGGGAGUGUUCGUGCUGGUACACGGACUGGUCUUCGGCUUCGGCUUCAUGAACUACCAACUCAAGGACAACCUGACGGGGGCGCGGGCAACGUUUGGCAUCACAUACCCCAUCGCGAGGUCGGCCGCACUGGUGCUGCACUUCGACGUCGCUCUGAUCCUCUUCCCCGUGUGCCGGACGCUGAUAUCGUUACUCCGCCAGACGCCCCUCAACAGCAUCGUCCCGUUCGACAAGAACCUCACCUUCCACAAACUCGUCGCCUACUCGAUCGUCUUCUUCACCUGGGUCCACACCAUUGCGCAUUGGAACAACUUCGCCCAACUUGCGGCUAAACAGAAGCUGGGCUUCGUCGGUUUCCUCGAGGCCAACUUUGUGACUGGCCCGGGCUGGUCUGGCUACGUCAUGCUCUUUGCCUUGAUGGCAAUGUUCUUCACGUCCAUCGAGAAGCCGCGGCGUGCCAACUACGAGCGGUUCUGGUCCGUCCACCACCUCUUCAUCGUGUUUUUCGUCUUCUGGUCCGUGCACGGCGCCUUCUGCAUGAUCAAGGCCGACACCGCUCCGUUCUGCUUCGGGACGGGCGUCUUCUGGGAGUACUGGAUGUACGGAGGCUUCGCGUAUCUCCUGGAGCGAGUUCUCCGCGAGAUCCGCGGCCGGCACAAGACCUUCGUGACCAAGGUCAUCCAACACCCCAGUAACGUAGUGGAGAUCCAGAUGCACAAGGAGAAGACGAAGACGCGUGCGGGCCAAUACAUCUUCCUCUGCUGCCCCGAGGUGUCCAUCUGGCAGUACCAUCCUUUCACCCUGACAUCAGCGCCAGAAGAAGACUACAUCUCGGUGCACGUGCGGAUGGUGGGCAACUUCACCAAAGCUCUCGGAAAAGCGCUCGGCUGUGAGGACAGCAAGGGAAGAGGUGAAGGCAAGGGCGACGGGGCCAAAAAACCCCGCUCCGAAGUCGUCUCCAUGGCUCCUGGGGGCUUGCAGAAGCUCCUACCGCGCAUCUACAUCGACGGCCCCUUCGGAUCCGCCUCCGAGGACGUGUUCAAGUUUGAAACGGCGGUGCUGGUCGGUGCGGGCAUUGGAGUCACACCGUUUGCCAGUAUCCUCAAGUCGAUCUGGUACCGCAUGAGCCAAGGUGGCGGCAGCCACACGCGGCUGAGAAAGGUCUACUUCUUCUGGAUCUGCCGUGACUUUGGAUCUCUGGAGUGGUUCAAGAGUCUGCUCACGGCUAUUGAGGCCCAAGACAAACAGCAUUCCAUCGAAAUUCACGCCUACCUGACCGCCAAGAUCUCCGCCGCAGACGCCAACAAUAUCAUGCUCAACAGCAGCGACACCGACGCCAUCACGGGGCUGCGGACGCCGACAAAUUUCGGCCGUCCCAACUGGGACAUGGUCUUCCGGGCGAUUCGCAAACUACACUCUCCCGGCGAGGCGGGAGUGUUCUUCUGUGGUCCCAAGGGCCUGGGCUCGCAGUUGCACAUCCUGUGUAACAUGUAUAGCGAGGGCGACAAGGGCUUCAGCUUCGUAUGGGGCAAGGAGAACUUCUAAUCUCCCGGUCCUUUUCUUUCACUUGGCUUACUUCGUUGUGAUUGAGAAGCGUUAUACCACGUUGGAUACCGGAGGGACACUUGGCUCAAUGCAAGAGUUUAACUUGUUAUAGGAAAUCUGGGAAAUUGGGGCAGCAGCCAAACUCAUGGACCGAUGCCUAUUUUACCGGGCUUGUCGUCCAGAGUCCGACCUGAAUAAUGGACAAUCUGUCCUCUGCCACAAAAGAUUGGCACUUCCAAGGGGAAUGCCAUCGUGUUGUUUGUACCAAUGUUUACAUAUAGAAGAUACCACGAUACAUCACAUCACUCGGUCAACGAGGCUUACGAGGCGAGAUAGAGAAAUGACAAGCUUUUUCAGAAACCGGCGAAAAGAAGA